AUGGAAAACCGCAGCGUGGGGGCCGCUGAGCACAGACCGCAAAAGAAAGCAACGCAAAGCAAAACAAACAAAACCAAGACGAAAACAAGCGUCCUGUGGACUGGGCGGCGUCAGAGGCUCGGCGCGCCCCUGCUGCGCACUGCGCCGCAGCGCACGGGAGGAGCGAGGGCCGCGCUCCUCGGGGAGACACUGCAGCCGCGUUCAACCUCUCGGGUCCUCGCGCCCUGUCGGCUGGCGCACACCCCUCAGCCCGCGUCCCUCGGUCUGUCCGGGAAGGACUCUCCGGGCUCCUCUGGUGACGCCGCAGCCACGCAGCAGGCGGCCGGGAGCCAGGCGGAGGUCCGGGUCGGGGAGGGGAGGAGCCUGCGUGUGGCGGGGUGCGUGCACGGGCGAG